GCACAAUGUCCCAUCGGAUCCGCACGACUCAAUACGCCGCCCUCCACCUCGCCGUAAUUCACUCCACAUACCAGACGUCAUGUCGGUUGCAAAACCCAUGCCCCUACCUCUCACUGCAUCCGUUAUCCACGCCUGGGGUCAAACAACAUGGGACCAGCAUAUGCUUAUAGUUCUCCGGGAGCUGUUGAACACGGAGGGGGUGGACAUCAACAUCACGGACGAACAGAGGCGGACUCCUCUACACUUUGCGGUCGUGACCAACAGACGCUCUGUCAUACAGCUGCUUGUCGAACUAGGUUGUAACAUUGAUGUACAGGGCUGUAGUGGACGGACGCCACUGCUGGCCGCGGUCACAUCUGACCAGCUAGACUGCGCGCGGAUGCUCAUUGGACUCGGGGCCGACCUCAACCUUACCGGCAAUAAUGGCACUACACCGCUCUACCACAUGUGCUCUCAUAAAAAGCCAGUUCUAGAAUUCAUACAGCUACUGCUGUCGAAGAAAUGCAAUGUGAACAUAACAAACUUGAAAGGAGCCACCCCGCUUAUGUGCGCCUGCUCCCUCCGGAACCUACCCCUCGUCAAGCUGCUGCUGGAACAUGGGGCCAACAUCAACCAGCGUGACGAUAACGGUAUGACGGCGAUCGAGUUCUGCGUGGGACACAAGACCCGUCUGAGCUCCCUGCUACUCUGUCUCAUACAUAACGGCGCGGACAUCAACAUUAUUGACCGGAAGGGCCGUACAUUGCUAGACAUAGCGAUAGAGAAAAUGGUGCUGACCAACAUCGUGGCGCUGCUGCUAGCUGAUGUCCACCGUGAUGCCGCCAUUAUGCAGCAAGAAAAUAUUUUAUACCUGUGUGACCGGUUGCCGGAGUUCAAGGCGUGGAUAAUUGAAGAGAUACACACCCCACGCUCUCUGAAGCGCCUGAGUAGGGGCUACAUAAGAGGUCAGCUGGGACCGGAAGGACUGGUGCGCGCUAGCAGCCUCGACCUACCCCGGGUGCUACAGGACUUCCUCUUGUGCCGGGACAUAGGACCUAAAGAUCUGGAGCCGUAUUCAACAGCGUUCUUAUCAUUGACCUUACUCGUCAUGCCUCAGUGAUUCCAUUCAGUCAACUGGCUGGUUAUGUUCACAGGUCAAUACAACACUUGGUUUCUAAUCUUAAAAUGAAGUGAAAUCUAGGCUGGUUAUUAAAUACAGCCUCUGACCGCCGUGUUGGUAGAGUGUGCAUAGUUAAAAUUAAUUGUAGAUAUUUACGUGUUCUCCUGAGAAUAUUAUACCCACAUCUGUGAUAGCCUGUUUGACUAGCAAAUCCAGUGUCCAUGGUAUGGCAGAGGCAUCAAGACGGAUCGCGUUCGGGCAGCUCAACUAGAUACAGUCAUGAUGUGUCCCCUCUGAAUUAAGAUAUCCUCGGUCUACUCGUGUCGAGGCAUAAAUACAUCUGUGAAAUCGUGACAUCUUUUGUUUGAGCACUGUUUGCAAACGCGUUGGGGCCAUGAAGUAUGUGCUACUUUUUGUGUAGUCUAAAAUACAUUUUAUACUUAUUAAUCGCCCCUUCCCUGAUAUAGUUAAUUUAUAAUGUAUAUCGAUCUGGUCUCGUUGUUAGCACUUUAUUCUAAUUUUAUUCAUAUCGUUAAUCAUUUAUAUUGAUAAACAGAAAACAAACUGUUGAGAGUAUGACAAUAUACAUAUGUACAGCGUAGAAGAUGCUUUUAAUUUCUCCAUUAUAGAAAUCAAAAGUGCGUUUCUCGGUUACUAGUGUUCUUAGUGCGGGCCAAUAAACAUGCUAUGUGUAUAAUGUAUUUUAAGGACUCUAACCCAAAUACCCCUGGUAUGGGUUAUUUAAAUACUCUGACAGCUCUAACCUUCAUGUUUAUUUAUUUAUACCUGAUUAUACUAAAUAAUGGAGUGACCCUAAAUACACUUCGUAUCUGUUGAAAAGUAUGUCAUUGAUAAUUAUUGAUAUGUAAAAUAAACGUCCCAAAGUGCAGCAUACACAAGUGAUAACAGUUGUAUAUUCGCUGUUUAUAUCAACUAAAAUUGAUCAUAAAGAAACCUACAUUGCAAUAAUUGUUGAAGGCCGUGAAAAUUUGUUUGUUGUAAUUUCUUGGUUAUGUAUUUACAUUUCUGCCUUUGCACACAUAACCUUUUCAAAUGUUACCUAAGUUAUAUGUUGUCACCCGGCAUCGAGGAUUCACAAUAUGUGUGUCGGAAUACAGAAUAGUUGACGCCAAUGUGUAAAAAACAGUCCCAUUUUGCCGUCACUCGUUCAAUGUCACUCGACACUCGUGUAGCUCUAUCCGCCAGUUAUCUUUCUUGCCGCCAGCAGUGAG